AUGUCUGGUAAGAUUGAUCGGGCUGAACGACGUGCGUGGCUUGACGAUCAACUGCACGAACGUAAUAAGCAGCGUGAGCGUGAACAAGAAGAGCAACUUGCAGCUUUUGAACUCGAGAACCAGAAAUUAUGGUCUCCCUUUGCACAUCAAGCCAAGACUUCCGGAGAACUCAACAUCGCAUGGAAGCAAGCACGAGGCUUCUUUACUUGGGAGCGAGUCGUACAUUUCCAUGAUCUGUUGGCGUUGAGAAUUACAGGUCACAAUUUACGAGAAAUCCCUGAAUCUUUACCUAUUGCUCUUCCUUUACUAGAAACGUUAUCAUUUAUCGACGAUGGACUGGAAAAACUGCCUGAUAGUAUUGGUACGCUUAGGUAUUUAACGGAACUAGAUUUAACCAAAAACCGAUUACGAGAACUACCGGAUACACUGACAAAACUGAGAGGACUGAAGGUAUUGAAUUUAUCUUGCAAUGUAUUGGAAAAGUUACCUGAAGAGUUCGGAAGGCUGGAUAAACUUGCCAAAAUUUGGCUGGAAAACAACAAACUUACGCAACUACCAGUGUCCAUUGGAGGCUGUCGAAGUGCUCGUUGCGCUAAUUUCAAUAAUAACAAACUGUCGGAGCUUCCAGACUCGAUCGGAGAGCUCAUAGCACUCACAUCUUUAUCAGUCAAUUUGAACGAAUUGGUCGAACUACCCGAUACGAUCGUAACUCUGCCAAAUCUACGGUCACUCCAUGCGUCACGCAACCAAAUCGUCAAGUUACCGCGUAGUUUUGGCGAAAUGCAGGCGCUUCGAGAGCUGCGUCUGGACUGGAAUUCGAUUCAAGAACUCCCCUUUUCUUUUCGUGCACUCACUAAUUUGCAAGUACUUUGCAUGGAGCAAAACCCAUUGCGCUUACCAACAAGUGACGUCAUUGCACGUGGUGUUCCAGAGACUCUGAUCUACAUGGAAAAAGCUCUUGUAGAGUUCCAACGAAGCAGCAGACGAGAUGUUGUCGAAGCUCUACUGGAAGUGCUAGCUUUGGCCUCUAAACUCGUUAAAGAUUCCGAGUCUAUUGACCACGCACAGCCUCCAAACGAUUCUGAUUCAAACCCCGUUGUCUCUGAUCUACAAGUUAUCCUGUCAUUUUUCGAGCCCGACUGUGAUCAUCUUGCACCUGCUAACAAUGAACUCAAGCUUUACGGUGUCGUAUGGGAGAAUUUCUACUCCGAUUUACUUCCUGCGAUAGAACGUCAACAAGAACUUAUAGCGACAAAUAACCAACAAUCCGAGACAAAACAACCAGCUUCGACCCCGUUCUCGCAACGGUUUACUCCUGAAGAGAUCGAAGACUCACUCAUGAACUACGAUGACGAGUUUGGUGUCGUCAGUGUAGCUGGUGGAGGAGAUGUUCCAGCCGUGCUGGUAGAAUUUCGUCAAUGUGCUUGUCUGGAUCCAGUAGCGCUCCGCGAACGGGGCCAACAAGUCCGAAAGGCGUGUUUGUCUCGGCCAGAACCAUACCGGUGUCAACGCUUGGGUCGCCUACUUAGAGCCCAGAUGCUAACCAAGGAACAAGCCAAAGACCAGCUCGCCAGUAUCUACUUACGAACCAAAGUGGCUCGUCUCGUACAGAAAACUCGACGUCGAGCAAUCGAGUACAUCAAUUCGACCUUGGGCGUUGCCCACUUUGAGCGGACAGCACGAGUAUUAGCCCAUGAAAUGGUACAACGUCGUCGUCGACUACGUAAACUCUACAAAAAGCACGAAAAAGCUCAGCGCCAUCUCGAUUCUCGUCGUGACAGACUUCGUCGGAAAAUCGAGGCUUUCCAGCGAGCGAAAGAAGUGCGAUUGAAGAACUCAAAAGAUAAAUACGCACGUUUAGAGAAUGAUCGGGACGCUGUUAAACAUGAAUUGGACGCUGCAAUGGCCAAAGACAAAGGAGGAGCGUUAGCUGCAGCGAAAACUAAGAAAUUGGGCAAAUUAGAGGAUAAACUCUCCAAAUUACGAGCGGAAUUGGAAGAAUCUGGCCCAGAGAAUGCUAAGAUUUACGACAUUGAACAAGCGAUCGAAGGUCUCGAGAUGGAGGAAAGGAAGCUUCACAAAGCCACGGAGAAGGCUCGAGCAUUGGAACUAGAUGCCGAUAUCGAAGACGAAGAUGAAGAUGAAGAAGAAGAUUCGGACAAGUCCAACGCGAGUGAACAUGGUGGAGAUGAUGACGAAGACUCCAAUGACAGUGAAGAAGACAGUGACUCAGAAGAGGAUUCAGACGAGGAGAAAGCUCCAGAGACUGAGGCUGAUAAGACGACCUCGGCUCCAACGGACACACCAACUAAGCCUUUCUUCGACAUCGAAAUGCCAGAUAUGAACAUCGACGACUACCGUAAAGCAGCCGUGAAAAUUGUGGAUCAGGAGCUUGAAAAACGAGCAAUUGGUGAUAUCGAAAAGAAUUCAAAGCCUAGCGUCACAAUUGUCGCUAAGAAGCCAAAGUUUAUUAUGCCAUUGGAUAUUCCCGAAGAAGAACUUAUGGAGCUGUUUCAGACUCAAAUUCGAGAUUCUUACGUCGAAAUGCAGUGCAUGAAGGUAUCAAAACAGGCCACGAAGGAGUUUCUCCAAAUGCGAGCUGUUCUGCAGAGAUGGAGAGGUUUGGGCACUCGCGCUGUGUUUGAAGCAUGGCAUGAAGUGGCUCGAGCAAGUCGCUUGGACACCAACGCCGUGAAAGCUCGUGCAGAACGGAAAAAACUGCUGGAGAAGCAGAAUAAAGAACUUGAAGAACAACUUGCACGUAUCGAAGCUCGACUGUGGGUACAGCGCUCGGAUAUGUACACAGACGCAAUAUAUUACGAGAACGAACAAACGGGAGAAACCCGAUGGGAACCUCCACAGUAUUGGGCAGAGGAACAGAAACAGAAGCAGCAACAACGAAAACAUUCAAGGGUAGACAGCGUCCCUCGUCUUAAACUUCCUCCAAUCUGA